GUAGCGCGCAUGCUCGUUUGUGGUUUUGCCACGUACAGAUCGCUGAGGCGUUUCCGAUCAGCCAGUCAGGCGUCGUUCAGCUGAAGUCCAGGACACACAGGCUGCUGCUGGGAUUGACCCGUCCAAACCACCAGCAGUAUGAAUGGCCAGCUGGACCUGAGUGGGAAGCUGAUCAUUAAAGCUCAGCUGGGUGAUGAUAUCCGCCGUAUCCCCAUCCACAAUGAAGACAUCACCUACGACGAGCUCCUGCUGAUGAUGCAGCGGGUCUUCCGUGGGCAGCUACAGAGCAGUGAUGAAGUCACCAUCAAAUAUAAGGAUGAAGAUGAUGACCUUAUCACCAUCUUUGACAGUUCUGAUUUGUCCUUUGCGAUCCAGUGCAGUAGAAUAUUGAAGCUCACUCUUUUUGUGAAUGGGCAGCCUCGGCCACUGGAAUCAUCUCAGGUGAAGCACCUGCGUAGAGAACUGAUCCAUUUGAGGAAUAAAGUCAACAGCCUGCUGGACAGCCUGGAGCCCCCCUCCGAGUGUGUCCCAGAGAGCACCAACCCAGAAACCGAAUGUGUGAAUGAGGCAGUAGAUUCAACAGUGAAGCAGGCCCCUCCAGUCAGUGCUGCUAGCAUGUCUGCUUUUGACCCCCUGAAGAACCAGGAAGAGGUCAACAAGAAUGUCAUUUCUGCAUUUGGCCUGUCUGAGGAACCUGCCCAAGUUCCAGCUGUAGCUGCCACCGCUGCUGCAGAGGAGCGCUCUGCUACUCCAGACAGUAUUGCCUCUUCAUCCUCUGCAGGGCCCCCUUCCGCUGUGGCUCCCCAGGCUCCCCCAGCUUACUCAGGGGUCCAACAAACUCCCUCUACUACUACUAUGGAUGGUCAGAUGUAUCAGCAGUAUCAGGCUCCAGGAGGAUAUCCUCCACAAGCUGUACCCCAGCACCAUUAUGGGGGGCAGUACCCUGCUGGUUAUACUCAGUCUGGUGUUCCUCAGGCUCCACCUCAGCAGCAGUUUCAGAAUUACCCUACUGCCCCUACCUCUCAGGCUGCCAGCGCUCCCGGCUCCGCCCAAGGGUUUUCUGGCCAAUCACAGCCUCCUGCUCCUCAAGGACCCACCCAGUACCCACCUGGAGCAUUUCCGCCUCAAAACUACACAUCCCAGGCCUCUCAGCAGCCAGCUAACUACAGCCUGCCUCCAACCUCCCAGGCCACAGGGGGUUAUCAGCCCCGUCCUGCAUACACCCCUCCACCUGGCACCACCCCUCCAUCUGGGGGUGCCAACCCCUAUGCCCGAAACCGCCCCCCUUUUGGCCAGGGCUACAGCCAGCCAGGCCCUGGGUAUCGGUAAAAGGCCUUUAAUGUCCCCACAACACUUACCUACACGUAUUCUCUGUCUCCAGCACAUCAUGCCCAAAAUCUGUUUGACAUUCUAAUAUUGUGUUUGUUUGUGCUUUUGGAUGAUUGUAUGAACGCUUGUGAGAAUGAACUUGAGGUUGCAAGUGUGUGUUUGCACACAUAGGAGACCAAAUGGUGUGGGAGUGGACAGCUGUGUGUGUAUGUGGGUGGGUGUUGUGUGUGCAUUUUAUUGUAUCACUGGUCUCCUCAUUGGUGUUAUUUUGUCAUAAACCUGGAGUCGGUGUAAACACUAGAAAAUUAUCAUAAUCAAAGUUAGUGAUGUUUGUUAGUUUUAUUUACCGGUAUUCUUUACUUUUUCCAAAUGUCCUGGUUUUUACUAACCCCUGACUGGCCCUCUGCAGUGAAGCCUGUCAUUUCUGUAUAAACUGUAACAUUGUUUUCAGGAGGUGAAUAAAGACUUUGAGUCUUGAGGUAA